AUGUCCUCUUCGUUAAGAAGAGAGAAAAGAGAGGAGGAAGACGCGUUGCUCCGUCGAGCGGCAAACGCAGCGACAGAUGCGACGAAUCUUGCGACGAAUGCGAACCGGUUUAAGAGUGGGAACGACUACUUCGAAGAGGAAGAGGAAGAGAUGGAUGUGGCGGCGAUGAUGGGAUUUAGCGGAGGUUUCGGGAGCAAAAAGAAGAAGCAUAAUCGAGAACAACAACAAGAAGAACAACGAGGUAAAGGAGGAGAAGGACGACGGGAAGAAGAGAUGGAGAGAAAGCAACAGAACGACGACGAGGAUGAUGCGAGUGUUAUUGGAAGAAGAAUGCAAAAUUCGAAGAAAGAAGACAAAGAAGGAGCUUUGAAUACGAACGAAGCGGAUGAAGACGACGACUUGGAAGAAGACCAAGAGUACGAAAAACUUCCCAUCUCCGACGAAAUUGAACUCGGAUCUGCGCACAAGAAAACCGUGACGACGAUUGCGGUCGAACGGACCGGGUCUCGGUUCGUCACCGGCGCGCGAGACGGGUUCGUGAAACUGUACGAUUUUAACGGCAUGAGGAAAGAUUUGCACCCGUUUCGAGAGAUUGAACCGAACGAAGGGUACCCCGUGCACUCGUUGGACUGGUCGCCGAGUGGGGACGCGUUUGUCGUCGCGACUGGGUCGAAUAAAGCGAAAGUGUUCGAUCGAGAUGGACGAGAGCUCGGGGAAUUCGAGAGCGGCGACAUGUACAUUUUAGAUAGCAAAAACACGAGAGGACACACGCAUAACGUGACCAAAGCGUGUUGGAAUCCAAUCGAGAAGAAUUUAGUAAUCACGAGCGCGGAUGAUGGAACCGUGAGGAUUUGGAACGUGGAUUAUCUGGGCGAUCCGAGAGGCUCGCAACGGUCCGUCGUGAAGCCGCAAUCGGUCAAACCCGGGAGAUUUCGGGCGACGACGUGCGCGUUUAACAUGGACGGGAGCUUGAUUGCGAUGGCGUUGACCGAUGGAAGCAUACAGUUAUUCCCGGCAAAUUCAAAGAGAGGAAAUAUUAUGAACAGUAAUGGUAGCAGCGCGAAUAGAAAUGGAGGAGGAGGAGGCUCGAACGCGUACAAAUCCACCUCGGUAGGUUUAGUCUUACCGCCGAGUCAGCAAAGUCACUUGGAUAACAACUGGACGUCGAUAAACAGACCGAAACAGUUGUUCAAAAAAUGUCACCAACCGGACGAAGAAAUAUCCAGCUUAUGUUUCAACGAGGAAGAUGGACGACACCAAAUGCUCUCGAGAGCGACCGAUGGGACGUUAAAAGUCUGGGAUUUACGCAACGCGCAAAAACCGGUGAAAGUGUUUGACGAUUUGCCGGCGUCGUACGGAGAAACGACGGUCGCGUAUUCACCGAACGGGUCCAAGUUUUUCACCGGUUGCGAUGGCGAGGACGUUGGUAAAAUCUCUUCCUCGACUGGGAGUUUACACGUGUUUGACUCGCAAACGUUAGAGCGCGUGGCUAAAAUCUCCUCCUCGGAACAAAACGUCGUCUGCGCCACUUGGCACCAACGGUUGAACCAACUCUUCGUCGGGAGUGGAACGAACGACCGAAAGCUCGGAUCUCGCGGGAAAGUGUCGCUCUUAUACGACACUAAUCUCUCCGCGGUCGACCGAGGCGCCAUGUUAGCGAUUGGCAAGAACCCUCGCUCGAAAAACGCGGACGAUUUCUACCGCCGCGUGGACGUGCAAAACAUUUUACACGUUCCAAACGCGUUGCCGUUAUUCCAAGAACCCGUCGACAAAUCCGGUCGUAAACGCCGGUUAAACAAAAUCGAACGGAACGAUCCAAACAUUUCGAAAAAGCCACAGACCGACGGCUCCGGCGCCGGCGACCGCCCGGCGCAAAGAGGUUCGACGUUGCUCACGCAACACUUGUUACGAAACGACGGCAUGCUCAGCGACCAAGACUGGAGAUUGGGCGACGCGAGAGAGUCCAUCUUGCGCCACGCGAAAGACGCGGCAGAGCACAACGUCCACACCAACGCGGAACCGAACGAAAUUUGGUACGACUCGGACCAGGAUAAAGACGAUUCCGAGGACGAAGAAAAAGACGACGACGGAGACGAGGAAGCGGACGAAUAG